AUGAGUUUUGCAGCUCGCGAACUGGCCGGCCCAACCGGGAGCCUUAUGGCGGAUGCGGCGAGGGAUGCACCUGUGAAGGAUGCCCUCAUAAAUAAAGAACUACCGCUCUAUAGCGACCACGGCGACCCUUUGGUUCAAUUCCAACGUCACCAAAUCCAAUCUCAUGCGCGCUCUGUUUGA